AUGUUUACAUAAAACAAUUUAUAAACAGCGCCGGCGGACGGAUGCAUUAAAAAUGUACAAAUAACGUACUUGGCUGAUUUACAUAUUGAAAACUUAAAUGGCCCAUGUCUGCGAAAACACCCCGCCUAAUAAUCAAUAUUCAUGAGGUGAACUUUAAAUUCCGAGAGCUGUUAACGUUGAAUGGGUGCUAUGUGACACAUCGCUGUGUGCUGCCUAGUGUUUACAGUACAGUUUCACCCGAACCAUCAUCAUGUCCAAACCACUGUCAGACCACGACAGAAAGAAACAGAUUUCUGUGCGGGGGCUCGCUGGUGUGGAGAAUGUCGCAGACUUGAAGACAAACUUUAAUCGCCAUCUGCAUUUCACGCUGGUAAAAGACAGGAAUGUAGCCACAAGACGGGAUUAUUAUUUCGCUCUCGCGCACACAGUCAGAGACCACUUGGUAGGCAGAUGGAUCAGAACACAGCAGAGUUAUUACGAGAAAGACCCAAAACGCGUCUACUACCUCUCCCUGGAGUUCUACAUGGGCCGUACCCUGCAGAACACCAUGGUGAACCUGGCUUUGGAGAACGCCUGCGAUGAGGCCACAUAUCAGCUGGGUCUGGACAUGGAGGAGCUACAGGAGAUGGAGGAAGACGCUGGACUGGGAAAUGGAGGCCUUGGCCGUCUGGCUGCUUGCUUCCUGGACUCGAUGGCCUCUCUUGGCCUGGCUGCUUAUGGUUAUGGCAUUCGCUAUGAGUUCGGAAUCUUCAACCAGAAAAUUGCCAGUGGCUGGCAGGUUGAAGAGGCAGACGACUGGCUGCGGUAUGGAAACCCAUGGGAGAAGGCCCGUCCAGAAUACAUGCGCCCUGUGCAAUUUUAUGGUAGGACAGAGCAUCACCCAGAUGGAGUCAAAUGGGUGGACACUCAGGUUGUCUUGGCUUUGCCAUAUGACACCCCUGUACCCGGCUACAGAAACAACAUAGUAAACACCAUGAGGCUGUGGUCUGCUAAGGCCCCUUGCGAGUUCAACCUGAAAGACUUUAAUGUUGGUGGCUAUAUUCAGGCUGUGUUGGACAGGAACCUGGCCGAGAACAUCUCUCGUGUGCUCUACCCUAAUGACAACUUCUUUGAGGGUAAGGAGCUCAGACUGAAGCAGGAAUACUUUGUGGUGGCUGCAACUCUCCAAGACAUUAUCCGUCGCUUCAAGGCCUCCAAGUUUGGCUCCAGAGAGAUUGUGCGCACUGAUUUCAGCACUCUACCUAAGAAGGUGGCCAUUCAACUGAACGACACUCACCCUGCCUUGGCUAUCCCUGAGUUGAUGAGAGUGCUGGUUGAUGAAGAGAAGUUACAGUGGGAGAAGGCGUGGGAUAUCUGUGUGAAGACCUGUGCCUACACCAAUCACACUGUGCUGCCUGAGGCGCUGGAACGCUGGCCUAUCCACCUGUUCCAGACCCUGCUGCCCCGCCACCUCGAGAUCAUCUACGAGAUAAAUCGACGCCACCUGGAGCGCGUAGCCUCUCUUUACCCCGGCGAUAUGGACCGACUGUGCCGCAUGUCUCUGAUUGAGGAGGGGCCACAGAAGAGAGUCAACAUGGCUCAUCUUUGCAUCGUUGGCUCUCAUGCAGUCAAUGGUGUAGCACGUAUUCACUCUGACAUUCUAAAAGCUACUGUAUUCAAAGACUUCUAUGAAAUGGACCCACACAAGUUUCAGAACAAAACCAAUGGCAUCACCCCUCGCCGCUGGUUAGUCAUGUGCAACCCUGGCUUGGCUGAGGUCAUUGCAGAGAGAAUCGGAGAGGACUUUAUCCGUGACCUGGAUCAGCUACAAAAACUUCGCAAUUUUGUCAGUGACGAGGCUUUCAUUCGCGAUGUUGCCAAAGUGAAACAGGAGAACAAGCUGAAGUUCGCUGUGCACCUGGAAGAGCACUACAAAGUAAAGAUCAACCCCAACUCCAUGUUUGACCUGCAAGUCAAGAGAAUUCAUGAGUACAAGAGGCAGUUGCUGAACUGCCUGCACAUCAUCACUUUCUACAACCGUAUCAAGAAAGAGCCUAACAAGCAGUGGACCCCAAGAACAAUUAUGAUUGGUGGAAAAGCUGCUCCAGGCUACCACACAGCUAAAAUGAUCAUUCGUCUUAUCACGGCUAUUGGCGAGGUGGUCAACAAUGACCCCGUGGUGGGCGACCGUCUCAAAGUCAUUUUCCUGGAGAACUACAGGGUCACCCUUGCUGAGAAAGCUAUCCCUGCGGCUGACUUGUCUGAGCAGAUAUCCACAGCCGGCACAGAAGCUUCUGGAACAGGCAAUAUGAAAUUCAUGCUGAAUGGAGCUCUGACCAUCGGCACCAUGGACGGAGCCAAUGUGGAGAUGGCAGAAGAAGCAGGAGAGGAAAACUUCUUCAUCUUUGGCAUGAGAGUGGAAGAUGUUGAAGCCAUGGAUUCUAGAGGAUACAAUGCAUCCGAAUUUUACAAUCAUCUUCCAGAGCUGAAGCAGGCCAUUGACCAGAUUGCAGGAGGCUUCUUUAGUCCAAAACAGCCAGAUCUCUUCAAGGAUAUCGUCAACAUGCUGAUGCAUCAUGAUAGGUUCAAAGUGUUUGCUGACUAUGAAGACUACAUAAAAUGCCAAGAGAAAGUCAGUGCUUUGUAUAAGAAACCUAAGGAAUGGACCAAGAAGGUGAUCCUGAACAUCGCUGGUUCUGGCAAGUUCUCCAGUGACCGCACUAUCUCCCAGUAUGCCCGUGAGAUCUGGGGUGUAGAGCCCACUCUGGAGAAGCUUGCGGCACCUGAUGACCUAAAAUAAAUCUCCACCUAUCCCUGUGCUUAUCUCCAACCAAGAGCAACCAUAGUAUAUUACUAAGACAGCAACACUAGAUGCUCCCUCUAAAUGAAUGCAGCUAUAGCUGUCUUAUUCUUUAUUCCAAUUUGGUAAUGCUUUAUCUCAUAGCACACCAUGCACAGUCUGUCAAUCUUCAAUCGUUAAUGUUCUGCCUCAAAAAGACACAUUCACCCAGUAUACAAUCAAUAAGUUCAACAAAUUCCAUCAACGUUCAACUGGUAACAUCUAAAUCAGCCUUUUUUUUUUUUAGCAAAAGUGUCUUUCUGUGAUUAUACGGGAUUCCGGUACUCUGAAUUUACGCAUUCAUUAUGAGCAGGAGACAUCUUGUCCCAGAAGAGGCUUUGAUGGAACACCCUGUGGUGUUGAAGUAUUGAUGCUAUCUUGUGUUUUGUGUUUGAACUGUUAAAACACUCCAUAUUCUGAAUAAAAUCCAAUUAAGGCCGAUCUCAAACACUAUUGCUUUUGGCUGUUAGUUCUGCUGGUUCUUAAAGGAUUAGGAACAUGCUUAAAAUGACAAGAUUGUCAGUUAUGUCUGCAAUAGCUCUCAUUAAAACGGAAUGAGUAGGGUGUUAUGGUCGCUUUUAACAUAUAAGUGGUUGCUGCUUACACAUUUAACAUGCAGGGUCUAUUUGAACUGAAUAAUUUUUUUAUGGGAGGUAGGCUAAAAAAAGAGGUCUUAAAGGGAUAGUUCACCCCAGAAUUAAUAUUCUGUCAUCAUUUACUUACCCUCAUGAUGUUCCAAACCUGUAUGAAUGUUUGACUCAGUCCCCAUUCGGUUUUAUUGUAUAGAAGAAAAUGAUGCAAUGGAAGUGAAUGGUGACUGACGCUAACGUUCCACCUAAUGACAGAAUGUUUAUUAAUGGGUGAACUAUCCCUUUAAGGGCUGGUAAAGGAAUGACAGAUCCACAUUCUCUUUUGUCUCUGGUUUCUCCUAUCAGCUGUCACUGAUGAUAACCAACAAACCCAAAUACAAGGCCUUCUCAUCAAUGUUGUUUGGCAAAUCACAACCUACAGUAAUUAUGUAAUAA